GCUUCCAGACGAAAAACAAAUCACAAAUUCGUAUCCAAUUAUCAGCAGUGCUCUUUGAAAGUGAUUAGUUCAAAGCAUUCUUAAUACGAAAUUUAACUUGUAGUAGUGAACGUCACCGCUGGUAGAGAUAAAAAAACUAGAUUUCCUCACCUGUCAUCUACAUAGAUUAGGCACCCAUAAAAAAUAAACGUCGGCGAAAAAUCAAUAUGGCGCAUGUUGACAUGAUGAAUUGACAGCUGUGUUAAACUGUGUUUGUGCCACUUGCUCUCGUGCAAAUAAUUUGUGAUGAUUAUUUGUCAUAUCUUGAAUAAUAAGUGAUAAACAAAAAUGACUAAACCGUUCGGAAACAGUGAGAAGCGUUUUUCGAUCGACGAUGCGUUCGAAGAAGAAACCGACGAAGCUAUAAAAGUGUACGGCGCAACUGGAGACCGAUCACCUUUGCAAAACAAAUUCAAGAAUGGUGGUGAUUAUAUAUCCAGUAGCAAAACCUAUAAAUGCUCAGAAGAUACAACCUCAAGGGAUUCGGACUCCCUCAUACAUGAAUAUGUUGAGGCCACACAAUCAAUGUUCUGCUGGAACCAUCCCAAAGUGAGAGAGAAUUGGAAAACGGUAUGUGCAGCUGUCAUUUUGCUGAUAGUUGGAGUUGGUCUACUUGGCAUGGGAGCAUUUGCGGUUGCUGAACCUGAAAACGGUCUCCAAGGUGCAGUGUUCUUCGUAGCGGGAAUGAUCUGCUUUGUGCCCGGUGCAUAUCAUGUAGUCUAUAUCUGGCUAGCUGCCAGAGGACAGAGAGGUUACGAUUUCUACCACCUUCCAUUAUUCACUUGAUUUAUUUUACGAUCAUUAUUUAAGUGUGUGUAAAAUGAUUUUAAUGUCUCGAUGAGGAGUUGCGAAUCUGCGAAGGAUGACUGUGUUAUGUUGAAGCUCUCUAAAUGCUUUAAAAUGUAAGUCAAAAACAAUAAUAUAAAUUCUUUUAAAAGAUGUUGGUGUCGUUGAACAACCGUACUAAAAAAAACACUGUUAUAGGUUUGAAUAGUACUUUUUUUAUUGACUUCAAAGGCAAGCGUGGUACGAAAUUGACACUGUGAAUAGACAUUGUCAAUGUAAGGGACAAAAUUGCGUCGCUGCCCUCGCCUGUUCCUUUUUCAACUAAAGCAUUUCUGCAACAUUUAAUAUCUUUUAAAACAGAUUUAUUUUAUUAUAUCAUAUUCAGAAGAAUUUUUUACAAUAUAAAAAUGCACUUAAUUAACUUUAUUUUUUAAUCCAUAAUCAAUAAUUUAUUUAUCAAUAAAAAAUACACAAUGCUUAUUUGUACUUCAUUAAAAAUUUAUGCAAGUAAAUUUGACUGUGUAGCAUAGAUGUGCAAAAGCACAUAGCGAUAAAGAUAUCAAAUUCAGAAACAUGAAGUUAGGUGAUUUAAUUAUUUCAAAAAUCAUUUUAUAAUGUUGAUAUUUCCUUUAGGUUUCCCACGCUAUAUUUAAAAUACAUUAAAUUAUUUGUUAAUUUCCUUACUAAUUUGACUUUCUAUUAAAAAAUUUGUUUUUUACACAAUAAUUUAUUCUAUGAAACAAUCUUCUAUGUAGCAAUGGUAAACAGGAAUAACAUCUACCAAAGUGGUAUGUAUGGGUUGGAUGUUCUUGUUAAUCCUUAGAGCUCCAAUGUUCACACAUAUUGGACAUAUGUAUAGUCUUACAUUACAUUAGUCUUAGGACCGCAAAGGGUUAAAAUUAUAUUUCAUUUAUCCUUGUGACCCUGGUCAAAGUAACAAAAUUAAUUAUUGUAUUGUCAUUGAUCCUUCAUACAUGUGCUAUUUUCAAGUUACAAUGAACGAUUUAGAAUGAUUGUAAAAAUUAUGUUAUUAAUUUCCUUUCCAUAUAUAUACAUACAAGUCAAGGUAAUAAAAGCCUUCUAAAAUGUUUCCGUAGAACGUUGUGCAAUACUGUAGAACCGAUUAUUAUUUUAUUUAAAUAUCAUAACCUAGAAUUACGUUUGACAUGUACAACUCGCAUACGUAGAAUGGAACGCGCCAGAGCCCAAAUAUUUAAAAUUUCAUUGUUUCUGAAACGCUUGAAGGUUUUUUUUUGUGUAAUGUAGUGGGCAGAAAAAUGAUAUAUUGAGUCUUGUUGAGAAAGAGAGAGGUUUGUUUACACAUUAACUUGUUUGUUCUUCUGGAAUUACAAUACAUAAACGCGUAAUAUGUUCCCUUGGCACCAGAAAGUAUGUAAUUAAUAUAUCAAAAUCAGUUACUCUUCUAUAGAUUUUCAUUUAAUCAAAGUUCUCACACGCGCGUGUCUAUUUCUAUUUGUCAAACUGAAAUGUUGAUUUAGCUAGCUACUGUAGUUCUAGCUUAUAUGUAAACGAUGCCGAUCUACAAAGCUAAUAUACUUACAACUUAUUACCGUCUUCUCUUAGAAAUUCUAUGAAAAUUAACAUGAAUUUACAAUUUAAUAUUUAUUUGGGAAUCAUCAAUCCCGCAUUAUUUUGCUUGAUUACUAUCGGUCUUAUUCAUAGUAAAAGGCUUACAUACCGAAGAUAUAAAUCCGUAUUAGUUACGUCAUUGAAGCCUACCAAAAUUCGAUAAUUUUCUUAUACCUAUACCAUGGUUUUACUCACAAUUAGUUAUCGAAGCUUUAUAAGCCCGUUUUAAGGAAUAUUAAGGAGACCGUCAAACAGUCAUUCACAAUCCUGCGUUAGAGCUAAAACACUCAUUAUGAAUCUGAUAAAGUUAAAGUAAACUUCUUACUUUUACUUUAUCUGUAUAAUUACGCUUCUAAAACUCUAUUAAAACUUAAAAACAUGACCGUCUUAGAUGAUUAGCUGAUUGACAUUUUUAAUGAUUUUCAAGUAUUUCAACCCUUGAUAUUUUUUGUUUUUAAUAAUGAUAGAUAAUUUCAGCAAGGCUUACAAAUCUUUUGGAAAACAAACCCCGAGAUAAUCGCUCACUCAGAGCAGACAAUUGGAGUUGAAUUUUACCUCAUCAGACUAGGAAAAAAAAACAACGCUUUCUGUGUUUAUUUAAAAUCGCUUCUACUAUUCGCUGCGCUUGUGGUGAUGGCACACAAAGUGUACUAUUUAUAUGAGUGAGUCGUCUAUUAUCAAAGGUGGCAAUCUGUGCAUUUGGACAAAAAAAUGUUAUUGAUAUGUCAAUACAGAUUGAUUUGAAUAUAAUCGUCUCCUUCAAAGAAUACGGUUCAAAACCUGCAUUAAAUAAAGUAUUAACUUAACCUGCUAUUUAUCUAAGAUGUCGUUCAGAAGAGUUUUGUGACUGCCAAUAGAAUACAAAGUCAUUAAUUCGUUUUUCUGAUUUACCAAUAAUUGUCCAAAAGUCACUUUGCCGGCUUUGAUAAUAGUCGACUCGAGUGUCGUGCGGGUUGAGUGGGAAUGAAGCGAUCUACGGUUGUUAAAAAAAACAGCACAAAUUUCAGAAAUCGUCAAUAUUAUAUAGUUGUCCAUAUUUAAACGAUAACAUCACAUGCUAUAAAGGCGUGAGUUGUCGACCUCACUCAUUGUGAAUAAAUAAAUUUAUCGAACGAUCUUUAUGGUAAGGAAACAAAAUAACAGGCUUAAAAAGCGCAUGAAUAAGACCGUUAGACUAAAAUAGAUAAUUUUAGCAACUUAAAAACUAAAGGAAACCUAUAAGUACCUAUUCUAUGUGAUAUAUAGUAGAAUUAUAUGAAAAAAAAGCUAUUUAUAAUAGAAUGAAGUGCCUAGUUAUGAAUUGUAAUCCUAUUGCAUCGUAAUUAUGUAAUGAAAAAUUUUAGCCUUGAAAUUAUGUUACAAUUUACAAUUUCGCAUAUGUAAGUCAUAAUAUAGCAUUAAUGAUGAGCAAACAUUUAAAUUAAACAAUUCAAUGUACAGUUAAAAAAGGUUGUUUUCAUAAUUAAAACUAUUUCUACGAUUUGAUCCCGCCUUUAUUAAUGUCACUGUAUUCUUUUUGACAUUUGACAUUUCGAAUAUUUUACAGUUUUCGUGUUCACAGACUACAUAAAUGUUAUUCGUCGGCGUUUGAGUAUUGUGUUAAAACUACCGUCUUAAUUCUUUAUUUCUUGAUAUUUCCGCGAUAAAAUUUCCUGAGCACUGGCAGUUAGCUUAACUUGGGUUCUUAACCUCAUGUUAUGAGAAAAACCCAGGUGAUCCUAAUUAAACGUCGAGCAUAUUCCCUAUUAUAGUUAGGACGUGUUUUUUUUUUUCAUUACUCACUUCUCUCGCGCACGAAUCAUCAUCCGUACGAAAACUAAGGCAAACGAAAUGUUGGAAAUAUGUAGUUUAAUGACAGUAAAAAUGCGAGAUCCUAGUUUUGUUAUGUAUGCGGUUCGCGAAGAUCGAAGAAUAUGCACAAUUUUUAUCUGUUGUAUUGGAAGUUAUAAAGAAAUUCAGAGAAGUGACUGAGACCGUUUAAUACGGUCUAUGUCAGCGUAACCCCGAAGUGUAUGUAGGUAAGCUCUCGGGGCUCAACCAGGAGGCGUUGCUAACACUGACCCUAGCAAGAGCAGUGCUUUGCAGAAUCUACCACCGGAUCGGAAACGCGACCCACUGUCAAGAACCGGCGAGAAACUUAGUGAGCUCGUGAAACUAUUGUCGUAGUAAAACCGUGAAGGCACAAGCGCUUUUGAGCUUUUGCGAGAUACUGCCACCGAAUCAUCAUCGAUUUGUGCGCGCGACAUGGGAAAUUCGAAAAAUUUUGAAAUAAAAUUUUAUUUUCACUUAAGACGGACAUUUUUAUUUUUAAAUUGAAUGUAACUUAAUCAGUCAUCUUAUUUAUUUUAAGCGAAUUAAAUAUGUAUUGUUUGUGUUCAUCAAAAAUUAGAUUUAAUAUUCUUAGACAUAAUUUUGAUUUGUAGGAUUUUUUUAUAUAUUUAAUUUAAUGAUACAGGAGAUCCUGGUUGAUUUGCCAUUAACGUUUUGCUGAGUGUGAUUUAGGAUUGUAAAAUUUAUCGAACCAGCGUGAUUUGAACCAUCGCUUAAAAAAGCUGAAUUGACGUCUACAUAAAUGCUCGCGAUAAGUACUUGAGGUCUGCGCGUGUAAAGAUAUUUUUUAUGUUUACAAAGUAGAGUUUUGGUCUCAUAUGAACUAUUGCUCGCAUCUCUAAGCAUAGCCCCCAAGUAUCAGCCGUUUUGAUUUGACUCUAUACAUGCAGAUGAGAUCCGAUUCAAUCGAUAAUCUUUGAUUAAGAUGUUUGUGAGUGAAGUGACUCCACCAUCACUUUUCCAAAGUUAUCACAUACCAUUGUAGCAGCUUUCAACUCUAUUAAAAAAAAGCUAUAUUCGUCGUUAGCUUCUUCUUUUUUUGAGUUGGUCUCUUUAUUGCUGAAGGUCGUGCCUAGUUUGAAAUGUUGACCACUUGAUGCGCUAUACUUCCUGACUUCAUCCUGUCCUCCGCGGUAUUUAUAGCCUCGGUUAUUGGCAGACUGGUGAGCGUCUUUUGUAGAUCAGACAAGCGAGUAGGUGAGCGUGAUCUUCUCCCGUCAACCUGACCAACUACCAUCAGCUUUUGUUAUCGGGUCUCUACGAGCAGGUACACCAAUUGUGGUAAUACCGCGCUCCUUCAGAAUGGAUAGGCUGAUCCGGCGUGCAGUCCAUGGAAUUCGCCACAUCCGCCUCCAGCACCACAUUUCAAAAGCGUCGAUCUUUGCUAAGCUAAGCUAAAGAAAUUUAUUCUUCCUUCGGUGUUCGAAUAUUCGUGCUCUCAAUUAUGAGUUUUCGAAGGACAUAAAAGACGCCAAACUAAAAUCAAGAAGUACUGUCGUAGUUUAUUGUUUACCUCUGCUGCGGGUAAGGACCAGAGUAAGGUUGGACAGGUUGACGGCUAUCAUUUACUUGUAUAUAAUAUAUAAAAACAAAUGUCUUUAAAAAAAAUAUUUAAUAAAUAUAUUCGAGGGGUUAUACCAUACCUAGUCGUUAAGCCCUAGCGGCGAUUGUUAAGGAAGGGAGCAGUGGAUUUUUUUAAAUCAUUUAAUUCAUGUUUGGAUACUUGCGUUUCCGCUCACUGACUUACCUUUCAAAAUUAUAUAGUCCACCAGUAGACGUCUUAUAGGCUGAUGAUGAAAGUAAUAAAUUGAAUAUUACAUCAGGAUUUCGUAUUCAUGUGGAUUUUGUAAAGGUACAACAAUAAGUGAUUUGUUUGUAAGACAUAUCAUUGUUGUGUGUCUAUGGUCUAUGAGUAUGUGUAGAGUUACUUAUAGGUAUCAUAAAGUUUGUAUUCAACUAAGGUUUAGCUUGAAUUUUUAGUAAUAGAAUUUCUCGCGUAUCGACGUAGCUUGUUUAAGUAAUGAAUGUGCUCUGUGAUAAUAUUGCGUUGAAAUCUAUGUAGUUUUAUUUCAGAUAACCACAGAAUAAUAAUAUGUUGCAAUCAAAUUAAAUUGCUAACGCGUAUUGCUUUGAUGGUAACCUCAAAAUAACA